CGCGCGUGUGCCCGCCGUUUGAACUCAACGCGGGUGUGCCUUUCGGUAGCGGGCAAAGAGAGGAGCCCGAGCCGAGUGGGAUAAAACCAUGAAGAAAAUUGAAGUGUUCUUGAAUUCUGCUUUCUCCAUUUUCCCUUGAAGUUUCACUGUGAACAAUUAGUUUUAAAUAAAUUUUCUGUUAAAGUACUUUUUUUCUGGACUGCCUUAUCAAGAUGAUUUCAUCAUGUCUAAAAAGUCCAGAAACACCAAAGUUUUCGUUAAAUUCUUUUCGAAAAGGAAAUGCACCCAUUAAUGCAGUUCUUUCAAAAAAUAUACCUUCAGAAACUCUUACACCAUUAAAGGAUUUAGUGAAAUAUAAAAACAACAAUUUAAAUGACAACAACAAUACAAAUGACCUUGAGAAGCACUUGAACCCAGAAGUGGAACAUUGUAAGAGUGAAAUCAAUUCACUUCAGUCAACAAUAAUAGCUGGUAAUUUUGGCUCUGACAAUUUUUCGGAUGGCUCUGAUGAAAAAGCUAAUGAACACAAAGAAACGACAUUUUUUCUAAAUGAGGAAGUUUUCAAAAGGAACAAAACUUUUGACAUUGUAACCUAUGACUCUCCUGCAAAAAUAUUUCAAAGAAUGAAAACAAAGACACUACAAGCUACACAAAAGCAGUCAUUCAGAGACAGUGCAGCUUUGGAGUUACAGAGAAGUCAAAGAGAUGUGAUCUUGAGUCCUGUUUCACUGGAUAAAACUUUUAUUUCUGGCUUUCCUGAUUUUCAUAAAGUAUCAUCAGAUGGUCAUUCAUUUUCAGGCGAACUUUCUGUUUCUUCAGGAAGAAAAGCUUCUUCCCUAGCUAAAGAGGCUUCCCUGAUAAAUUUCCAGAAUAAAUGUUUUCUUCCAGUAAAACAAAAGAUCCCACAUCAGCAAGAAAACCAAACCUGUCAUCAAACUUUAACUUGUGAUGUUACAACUUCAAAAGAGAGACAUGAAAACAUUUCAACUUCAGUAAUUCUGAGUGAGGCAUUAGCCAUGUCCAGAUCUACCAGGCUCAUUCAGGAUGAUGAAAACAGAGUUACGAGUGUUGAAUUCAGCCUGUACGAUACCCUUAUUUUGGAAAGCAUUGAUGCCGAUGAUGAAAGAUCUCAAAGUCCUAAUAUGAAUGGUAUCUGUAAUGACUGUGUACCUAUUAACACUGGCAGCCAAUUACCAAAAUAUGCCUGUGAAGUGUCUCCAAAAGGAUUUUUAGAACAGGAAAUGAGUGAAGAAAAUGAAGAAAAAAUCUCUGAGACUGGCCAACAGGGUUCUACAUCCCAUAUGUGUAAAGUUUUGGUUGCAGCUCCUAAAACUCAUAUAGUAGCACCGGAGAAAAAAGUCUCUAAGGUUUCCACAGGUGUAUCACACACCGAUAAAAAUGCAUUUACUGCCCAAAAAAAGGAAAUUUGUCUCCAGAAAUGGAUGAUUAGAAACGUGAAUAAUAAUACUGCUGUGUGUGUAGAAGGAAAAUUGAUAGAUACUCCUGACUUAUACUGGCAUAGUAAUGCAAUUGUUCAACGUCUUGACUACAACAGACUUAGGACUCUAUCAGGCAAUAUCUAUAUAUUAAAAGGAACAAUAGACACAGUUUCCAUGAAGGAAGCAGGGUUUCCAGCAAGUUUUACUAGGAAGUUUAUAUUUGGAUUUCCAAAAAACUGGAAACAAUAUGUUGAUGAUUUGUUACAAGAAUUAAGGGCACUUACUAAGAAAGGAAAAAAAUGCAAAUCUGAUCAACAAGAAACAGCUAAACCUGUCUUUGAAACAAGGAUGAAAAAAAGUGAUACUUCAGAAGAAACUGGAACAGAAAUGGUCUCUAAAAGUGCCAGAACUAAAAAUACUACUUUUGACAUUUCCGAAAACUGCUCUGAAAUACCUAUUGAGUAUGAUGCUUUACCUAGAGCUACAGAAUUAAACAUGUGUCAUACUGAUCAUCAUCAUAAAGUGCCUUUAAAAUUCCGGUGUGGUGAACUUAAUCAUCAAAUGAAUGUUACUUUCCAAACUGGAGGAAAAAACUGCCCACGUAAAGAGGAAUCACCUGCAAAAAAUGAAAGUAAACAGAUCACUUCUCCAAAGAAAACCAAAAAUCAUGAAGCUAAAACAAAUGAAAAAAUAUUUAAAAGUCUAAAGAGAGUAAGAAAGAAUGUACUUAAAGACACCACCCAAGAGUUGAUUGAGUCCAGUGAUACACAGUCUUCAAGGGAAGAGUUUCUUUCAGAUACAGAACAAAUGGAAUGUAUGAACAAUAUAGAAAAAAAACUUACAGUCAUGUUAACACCAAUGAAUUCUAGAAAAAUGUUGGAGCAAAAAUGUAAAGAGCAUAAUUUGUCCAUUAGUACCAUAAAAAAAGUUUCAGAGCUUGCUUUGCCAAAGCAUAAUGGUGGCAACAAAGCUGACUUGAGGAAAAAUAAAAACAACAGAUUGUUGCGGUCUUUAGAAAAGACAUUUGGAAGUGGCUUAGUAUACAAAAGUGAGGAUGAGGAAGAUGCUGGCAUAUAUGCUUCAGUUACCAUCAACCAGAAAAUUAAAGUGCCGUCACCUCCAAAGGAGCAAAGUUCUACUUCUGACUCUGAGAGAAAGAUAAGAAAGUCCUUAAGACUAAAGAGAAUUGAACCUUCUGGAAAUAUUUUGUCCCACAAAAUUCAAACUGAGGUGAUAGAGCUCUCUAGUGAAGAAAGUGAAACAGAAGAGGAAUCCAGAAAGAAGACUCAACAUGGCAUGAAAACAAGGCAGAAAGAUACCAAGCAAACUGUAGUUGAGCAAUCAAAAUGCAAAAGGAAAGACACCAGGAAAAGCCCAGUGAUAUUAGAACAUGAGAGUGAAGAGAGCGAUAAAGAUUUUCACUCCAAGACAAAAAAACCUUCCAACAAAACUGUUCAGAAGAUUGGUAACAGGAGAAAGUUUUCAUCAGCAGAGGUGACGGUAUCCAGAAAAACAAAGGAGCAGCCUUUGGAGUCUUUUCCAGAUUUAAUUAAAGAGGAUAACUGCACUGAAAAGGAGUUACAGAAGUUUCACGGGGCUUUGUCAUCUGUGCCAAAACAAAAACACGGUUUCUGGUUAAAUGUAGCCACAACUAGGGGUCCUCAGACUUCUGAGGAAUCCCAGAAGAAACAUAUGCAAGAGCACCGUGGAAGAGGUUCUCGGAAUCGUGCCAUCAAGAAAAUGGUACCCAACCCCAAAGUCGCAAAUGGCACGGGAAUCGAUACUGAUACAAACCAACCUGUAAGGAUAACUGCUAGAGUGGGAACUCUGAAAAGAAAACAGCAGAUGAGAGACUUCCUGGAACAACUGCCUAAGGAUGAUCAUGAUGAUAUGUUCAGUGGAUCACCUUUGCAUAAUCAAAGAAUACAGUUACCAAAUUUUGAAGUCACUCAGGAUGAUGAUUUCCCACAUAUGGACAGAGAUCCAACAACUCCAUCUUCAGUUAUUUAUCCCUUGGCAAAAACCCCCCAGUGUCAACAUGUCAGCCCUGGUAUGCUGGAAUCUGUAAACAGGAAGGACUGUGAUAAAUAUGUGUUUCAGAUGCAAAGGAAGAAUAAAAGUCAUGGUGGUAUGGUGUGGGCCAAUGUCAAGAAGAAACUGGUUGGAUCUGAUUUUACAACUCCAACAUCUAGAAGAAGAACUCAGUUUAACAAAGGAAUGAAAUCUGAUAUUGGAAAACUGUUCAGUCAUACCACAAAAUUGAAUUUUGAUGAAGAAGAACAAGAUGAUUAUUUCUCCAACUCUGAUUCUGCAGAGUAAAAUCAGAACACAUGAAUUCCAGAGUUUAUUUAACACCAUAACACACACUUGUAUAUAAAGUACAGUGCAUUUGUAUUAAUCUGAAAUGCCAGUAUUUUCUCUGUGAGAUUGUUUUUACAUAAAUGUUUAUUUUUUACUUUUCUCUGUUUAGUGUACAAAUUAAGCAUUUCUUUCUACUUUCCUUGCUAGUAUUCAAAGAGAUGCAAAUCUUACUAAAAGUGUAAAAUAGUUUUUUUCUUUGUAAAUACUUUUUGUAAGUGGUUGUUUUAUCUAAUGUUAAAAAUAUAUAUGUAUAUAUAGUUGACAACUCUUCUGCAGCAUUGGUGUUUACUCUAUGAAUGAGAUGUUUCAAAUAGAUAUUAAGAAAAAUCCAUACCCUUAGGUAUUGUGUAUGUACAAUAAUGUUAUACUAACAUUGGAAGUUCUACCUGCUUUUGCCUUUCUGGGAUAUAACUUUCUUUUACCUUCAGUUCAUUUUUUUUUUCAACUUUAUGCUGAACUAGAGUGAGGAUUUUAUACAAUUCAUACAAUCCAAAAUAAAUUGAUUAUAGUUACUAGUUUUAACUUGGGCCCAUAGAUGACUAGAUAAAAUUAUAAAAAAUAACCCCAUAAGGCUUUGGGCAAAUUUAUAUUCAGUUAGAACAUCAUCGGUUUUAUUCUAGGUUUUUAAGUUUGGGCUGUGGUUUUCUAUUACGUGAACUCAUUUCAAAUCCUAGUGAGUAUUUUUCCUUCUACUGAUGACAGUCUCAAAUUAGCUCUUUUGAAACAAGAUUUUUUUCAUUUAUUGUCAUUUUAGAAAUUGGCAUAGAGACCAUCACCUUCAGUUACCGUCCAUAUUCUCCUGCCUCUAGUCCACAAUCAGCUUAGCUCUACAAAUAAAUCUCUGGUGUUUUUAUAUUUCCCAGUGUUACUUUGACCUGACCAAUGGGUGGCAACAGGCUUGAUAGUUUGGAUUUGAGGUGUGAAGUUUUUGGUGGUCCAAUAGUUCCCUCUCCUAUGCGGUUUCUUUUUUUUCUUUUUCUUUUUUUUCCUAUGCAGUUUCAAACCAACCAAAAAAACCUCUGUUGGCUUUAGAAAAAAACCAAAAGACUUUUUCCCCUUGCAAGUUCCUUCUCUCCAUCAUCUUCAAGAAAAGUUUUAGUGAGUUGCAAGGUUGUGGAAUUUAUAGACACUCCAGAAGAGAAAGAAUAAGAUAGACGUGAUAACUAUCCCAUAGUAUUGUUAUCCCUUAAAAUAGGAUGAUGGGAAUACCUACAAAUUAAGAUACUGAAUGAAAUCUAGACAGAUCUUGAAUCAAAAAAUGAAAGCACUAUGUGGAAUCAAAAUUUUAUAGAAAACUCUAAAGGGAGCUUUCAGAUAAUUGACCACACUUCACAAGACACUCUUGGAGGCCUGGGAACAGAUGUGUUGUGAUUUGCCAAAACCACACGAACCAAAUUAGUGGAAGGUUUGGAACCUAGGACUCAUCAUUGUUAAUUCAGGCCUCUUUUCAGUGUGCCAUGCUACCUCCCAAAAUAGACUCUAUGAUUUUAAUAAGUGAGUUGAAUAAAUUCAGGAAUUGCAAAAAUAUUUUUGAUGCUGAAUUAGUGUUAUGUUAGAUUCUGAAGGAAUAAUUUGAAAGAGGGAAUUGACUAAAUUCUCUACAUUAACAGCACUUUCUAAAUGAAUAGUUUUGUAGUGAUUUAGUCACCACCCCUAAAAGAUCGAUCCUUGCACAGAAUUUACCUGGUCUAAUGAGCUAUCACAGCUAGCUAGCAGAGGUAUCCAGACAUGAAAUGCAUUGUGGCCACCAUAGCUGGACCAGCUUGUUAAAGACACAUCAAGAUCACAGUGAAGAUUGGUCCACAGAAUUACAAUUUGCAACAACUCAUGGUAUACAAAGUGCCCUCCAAAUGUGUCUUCUAAAACCAUGCUCUGGGAUCAAGUUAAACAUGAGAAUAAGUUCUAAGAUCCUUGGAAUAAGCCCCUUUAAGAUGACUACAAAUGGCUUGAUUUUAUACAGAAUUUUAAAAUACUGCUUUAUGUUUUCAAACUAAUGACCUAACCCCGCCCCCUUCACUGUGUAGCAUAUUCUUUACUUUUUUUCCUGAGUUCCUUACCAAAUCUUCUGAAUUUUCUCUU